CAUUUUCUCGUCCCGACGACGGUGGUCGCGCGGCCUCCCCGGUCGGCUCGAUUUCCGUGGUGGUUUGAGGUGAAAGGCUCGCGGGGGGCCCCGUUGGGAGGGCGCUGGGACACCCGGACUGACGACAUGGAAGAAUCUUUGCCUCCGCUCUCCGACAAUCUGUUGGAUUUGUCGCAGGAGUCUGUGACCUUCGAUGAUGUGUUUGUCAACUUCACCCUGGAGGAGUGGGCCCUGCUGGACCCUGCCCAGCAGAAGCUGUACAGGAGCGUGAUGGGCGAGACUUUCCGCAACCUGGCCUCCGUGGGAAAAACACAAGAAGACCAGAACAUGGAAGAGGAGUACAAAAAUCCUGCCAUGGAGUUAAGAAAUGAAGUGGUAGAGGGACUCUCUGAGCAUAAAGAAGUGAUUCCCUUUGAAGACAUCUUCAUCAGCGCCUCUGCCUCGGACGCAGGCGACACACAGAUGCCCACUGCAGUGGACGCGGACGUGGACGCGGACACGGGCGAGGCCUGUGAGUACACGGAAGUCCUUGUGGACCCUUCCUCGAUGAGUGUGCCCUUUGCCAGUGCUGCCGGGCAGAAUCCGUACGCGCCUCAGGGCUAUGGCGAAGCCGCACAUGCGUACAAGGAGUACGAGGCAGCCUUCGGCCCGGCCAGUUCAGUAGAGGUGCCCGAGAGGGCUCCCGCAGGGGAGAAGCCCUACAUGUGCAAGGAGUGCGGCAAGGGCUUCAGCUCAGCCAGCUACUUCAAGAUGCACGAGCGCAUCCACACGGGCGAGAACCUGUGCAUCUGCAAGCUGUGCGGGAAGGACUUCCUGUCUCUGCGGGAUGUGCAGCGCCACGAGCAGACGCACACGGGCGCCAAGCCAUUUGUGUGCAGGUACUGUGGGAAGGCGUUCAGCUCCUCCAGCUACAUCAAGAUCCACGAGCGGACGCACUUCGGGGAGAAGCCGUACGUGUGCCAGCAGUGUGGGAAGGGCUUCUUCUACCUGAACCACCUGCAGAAGCACGUGCACGCGCACAGCGGGGAGAAGAGCUACGUGUGUGAGCAGUGCGGCAAGGGCUUCAGCUCCCCCAUCUACCUCCAGAGACACGAGCGCAUCCACAUGGGCGUGCGGCCCUACGUGUGCAAGCACUGCGGCAAGACCUUCAGCCAGUCCACCUCGUGCAUCGCGCACGAGCGCAUCCACACGGGGGAGAAGCCUUUCGAGUGUAAGCAGUGUGGGAAGGCCUUCUACUCCCUGCGGGUGGUCAAGUCUCACGAGCGCACGCACAGCGGGGUGAAGCCCUGUGCGUGCAAGCAGUGUGGGAAGGCCUUCUACUCGUGGAGCGACGUGCGUAAGCAUGAGCGCACGCACAGUGGGGAGAAGCCUUACGAGUGCAAGCAGUGCGGGAAGGCCUUCGCCUCCACCCGGGACGUGCAGCGCCACGAGCAGACGCACAGCGGCGACAAGCCCUUCAUCUGCAAGUACUGCGGCAAGUGCUUCAGCUCGGCCAGCUACAUCAAGGUGCACGAGCGCACGCACACGGAGGAGAAGCCCUUCGUGUGCAAGCAGUGCGGCAUCGGCUUCUUCUACGUGAGCCACCUGCGCCGCCACAUGCUCACGCACAACGCCGAGAAGAGCUUCGUGUGCAAGCUGUGCGGGAAGGCCUUCAGCUCCAAGAGCUACGUGAAGGUCCACGAGCGGAUCCACACAGGGGAGAAGCCCUUCGUGUGCAAGCAGUGUGGGAAGGGCUUCUUCUCCCUGAGCGACGCUCAGCGGCACGAGCGCACGCACACCGGCGAGCGGCCCUUCAUCUGCAACCAGUGCGGGAAGGCCUUCUCGGCCUGGAGCGACUUCCGCAAGCACGAGCAGACGCACACGGGCGAGAAGCCCUUCGUGUGCAAGCAGUGCGGCAAGGCCUUCAGCUCGGCCAGCUACAUCAAGGUGCACAUCCGCAUCCACACCGGCGAGAAGCCCUUCUCCUGCAACCAGUGCGGCAAGGCCUUCUUCUCCCUCGGGGACCUGCGCCGCCACGAGCGCACACACAGCGAGCACAAGCCGUGCGUGUGCUCCCAGUGCGGGAAGGACUUCUUCCACAAGAGCCACCUGCGCCGCCACGAGCGCACACACAGCACCGAGCAGGCCGGCCCGUGAGCCUUCCGGAACCUUCUCCUGCUCACAGGAAAGCCUGCGUGUGGCCUGCCGGGGAGGGCGGUGUGCAUGAGCAUGUGGGCAAGCCUCGUGCGCACUCGCGCUCGCGGUAGACGAGGGCAGGAGAGCCAGCUCGGCCAUGCAGUCACCGUGGGAAAGUUCCGUAAGAAAUGUGGGAAAGCCUCCUUCCCGUAGCGAUGCUCAGACACGAGCAUGUGUUCUAGAAAGCCUGGGUUAUAGGUGGGGUUAGAAUCUGAGCUCCAGCAGCUGGUCAUGGUUCUAGAAACUUCUAUGGGUGUGUAGGUGUGGGUGUGCCGGUUUGGCCCUGGCCCUUGGUCCCUGCUUAAUUCUUUUUGUCCCGUACAAGUCUCUCCCCCCUGUUGUGUGUCAUGUCUCGGCUUGCUGCGGGUCCUGAGUCCGUGGAGCCACAGACCAGGGACUGAAAACUCAAGACUCAGAUGUGCCCAGGCGGGCGCGUGGAGCGGAGCAGGUGAGCCGGCGGGGCCGUGCAGUAAGGCACUGUCUGGAUUUUUUUUUUUAACGUGAAAAAAUAAAUUAGUUCCUUGAUCUUGGUUGUGUCAGGUAUUUUGUUACAGCCACUGAGCCAGGAGGCCUGCGUGUCACCGGAGGUGACACUGGGUGGGCGCGCUCCCGCCACCGCCUUGUCCCUGUCCCCUCCAGUGCGCUGGUGUGAAGAACAUGCACAAACACUUCAAGCAUGAGCAGGGUCUCACGGCAGGAUCAUUGGCAGAUGCCGGUGGCCGUCAUCCUAGCUACUCAGGCUGACUCGGGGCUGGGCCUCCAGACCAGCCCGGGCCGGAGAGUCCCAGCCAAAAGCUGGCCCUGAGCUCGAAACGCCGUGCCAGUGACGUAAUACAAGGGUCAUUCAACGCGAGGCUGUUUAAGAGCUUAUGUAGUACUGGCACUCUACCUCUUGAGCUAAUCUUUUCAGUUUUGGCUUUUCACUGUGUAAGUGGAGGAUGAGCAUCUCGGGUUUGUUCUCCUGGGGUUGACUUGAAGGACUUUUCUCAGAUCUCAGCCUCCUGAGCAGCUAGGAUUCCAGGCCAGGCCACAGGGGCUGUCUCAUGCCAAGGAGCGAGGCUUCUGAGAAGUGACAGAACCGGGAGGGAACACUGCGAGUGUCAGCAUGUCUCUCCAUGCCCCUUUAACUCGACCGCGGCCUCUUGUAGUUUUAGUUUCCUGAGCUGCCGGAUUAACACCACAGUGGAAUUUAAAAUUUUGUCCUUGAAAUUAAAUGUUGACCUAACUUUUCUUCAUGCAACAGCGAGUUUAUGAAGUAAUGUCUCUUAAUAAGAUUUUUCUCUUGAAGUAUGUUGGAUCCUUAAAGAAUGGAAGUGUAUUUAUUUGUAAUAAACCAGAAAGAAGGUUUAAAUGUACAUUUAAAAAUAAUUGAUAGUGGCGACCGAGGAAAGGAUUAUUAAUUGCAAUUCUCCUACUGGCUGGUUGGAUGUGUGUUUAUGUAUUUAUGUAUAUAUUAUGUCUUUUUAGGCAGCAAAUGACAUUUUAACCAGAUUUUCUAUUUUUCACUUUUUAAUAGGCAUUGUCUCCAAAGAGUCUCAUAAAUGUUAAAAAAAAAAAAAAAAAGGUGCCUAAGUGUCUUGAAUACCUUGCAGAAUAACAAAUGUUAGGUUUCUAGAUUUUUUUUUUAAUUUGGCCCUUGAUAAAAUGUUUUGACUAAAUGGAAAAUAGAACGAUGAAAACAGUUGUAUAUAGGUUUUUGAAAUGAAGAUCUACUGAAAAUUUUUCUCUAUAAUUGUUCAAGGGCCGUGCAAAAUCAGAUGACUACAGACCAUAAUGUGAAGAGAGAAAACUUACUGGUGUUAUGGGAUAGUUUAAAAGCAGAAGAAAGAUGCACAAAUAGGCAUUGUAACUACUUCCUGUAUAUUAACCCUUUGACCUUUACAUUUCUUGGCCAAAUUCAUAUAAUUCAUCUUGGAGACAGUUUAGCAAAGCAUUAUUUCAG